CGCGCGCGCCCGUUCAUUUUGUAAUUCGACAACAGUUUGUAGUCGGAGUUUAGAGAGUUCGCGAUAUCUUUGGCCGGCAUUAUGCUUUUGAAUUGACCAGUGUACAUUUUCCGCUUCGUCCUCAGCCUUCCGCUAUUUCGUGCGAGAAUACAGCGUCGCUUCGUGCUCCGCGCAAUCUUAUCAAAUCAAUCGCUUUUAAUAUUUGUGAGUGAAUAUAAAAUUAUUGGUGCCCCCGAAGUUUUUCUGAUGCAAUCAGUUUCUGUCUCUACAUGCGACAGAGUUGAUGAAGGGAAACUGGAGAUGGCGACGAGGCUGUGUAUUUAUGGAUCUCUAUAAAAAUAUUAACGUAAAUAAAACGAUCAAAACAUAGAUCGACACUUUAUUGUUUCAUUUAAAUACUAAGAAACAUCGUUACGGGAUUUGGAACUAUGACCGUCUUAAACAUUACGUUAAUUACAUAAGCGAUCGGCUACAGCCGAGUCAACCGAUCAUAACUAUUUGAAAGAAUUUCAAGAACAGAAUGGCCUCGAAAACGCUGAACAGUAAUUCUCUGGACAUCGAGUCAAACGUGAAGAGGAACUCGUUGGAAAAUGACAAUACUAAUUCAAAAGUUAAAAAUACGAGCUUUUGUACACUGCUCUGCAAUUUUCUUUCGAUUUAUUGGAAAUCAUUUAUCGUUGUACUUUGGCCGAUUGUUCUUCUUCCUUUAAUAAUUUUUAGCAAUGACAAGAUGUACCGAUGCCUAUACACGAUUGCUGUGAUGGCAAUGUUUUGGGUGACGGAAGUUAUACCAUUGCCCAUUACUGGACUCUUUCCAGUAUUUCUUUACCCGCUUAUGGGUAUUAUGGAUACGGCACACACAUGUAAUUGUUACAUGAACGACACGACGAUGAUGUUUUUAGGAAGUCUUGUGAUAGCCGUCGCGAUCGAGCAUUCUGGACUCCACAUGAGAGUGGCACUCAUUAUUAUCAAGACUAUUGGUUGCAGUCAUCGAAAAUUAAGCCUGGGUUUGUUUUUUGUUACCAUGUUCAUAUCAAUGUGGAUUUCUAACACUGCAGCGACAGCAAUGAUGAUACCAAUUGUGGAAAAAGUUCUUACAGAAUUGGAAGCGCAAGGAUUGGGUAAAAUGUUUGUUAAGAUUGAAGAUUCAGAAGAUGAUUGUGAAAGCCAAAAGAAGCCAACCAAGUUGACAAUGGCUUACUACUUUGGUGCGGCUUACGCGUCUAGUAUCGGUGGUAUCGGUACUCUCGUUGGGACUGGUACGAACCUUACUAUGAAAGGAAUUUACGAAUCACGUUUUACCAAGAGUCCAGGCAUAAAUUUUGCUGCGUGGAUGGUUUAUGCAGUGCCGGUGAUGGUUAUAAUGGGUGGAUUGACAUGGUUAUGGCUACAAAUCAUGUACAUGGGGCUAUUUAGGUCUAACAGUAAUGACGCAAAGGCUAUAGACAUCGGCGACGAAGGCGAAAAAAUAGCUACUGCAGUUAUAGAAAAUAAAUACAAAGAAUUAGGGCCAAUAACUUGGCAUGAAUCGUCCAUUGGAUUCUUAUUCAUCAGUAUAGUUCUGUUAUGGUUCUUUCGGAAACCGGAUUUCAUUCCAGGAUGGCCUAGUUAUAUUACAGAUUUAGCUGUCAAGGAUUCAACUUCAGCCGCCGGCUUAAUAAUACUCCUCUUUUUAUUGCCGGAAAAGUUAGAUUUCCUUCACGCCUUCGACAAAGAUCCUACCAAGCGACCACGUAAAUCCUCGUCAGGAUUGAUAGGUUGGAAAAUAAUCAACCAAAAGAUGCACUGGGGCUUAAUAUUCGUACUUGGUGGAGGAUUUGCCAUCGCGGCUGGUAGUCAAUCGUCCGGAUUAUCCAGUAUGUUGGGUCAUGCCUUAAUUGGACUUAAGAGUAUGAGUCCAAUUUGGAUAUUAUUCAUUGUUUGUGUAUUUGCUGAGACGGGGACAGAACUGACAUCAAAUGUUGCUGUGGCGAAUAUUAUUUUGCCAGUCUUAGCGGAAAUGUCUAUUGCCAUUCAAAUUCAUCCUCUCUACUUAAUGGUACCAGCAACUUUAGGUUGUUCAUUCUCAUUUCAUUUACCGGUGGGAACACCACCUAAUGCAAUAGUCAGUGCAGCUGGAAAAAUUAAAACCAAGGAUUUCAUAAUUGCUGGCAUCGGCCCGAGUGUCAUCACAGCAAUUGUGACGACGGCAUCUUUCGCUACUUGGGGAAUUUACAGCUUCGGCUUGCACGAAUUUCCAAGUUGGGCUACAUAGAUCAAUUAAAUUUCUUUCUAUUGUCAAAGCUGUGCACAGCAUAUAAAGAAAAUGUCAUUUUU